CUUGAAAUUGUCUAGACAUCGAGUGUUAGGUAGAAGAAUUUUAAAUUAUAAAAUAAAAGUGCUUGAAAUUAAUAUAAAAAUGAAGCUUAAAAGUAAUUCUGUUAGUCCAACACUUGCUUUUGAUAGUUGGACCAAUAUUAUCAAUCAAAAUAUUAUGAGUUUGGUGUUUAUUAUAUCUGAAGGAGAAGUACUAGUUUGGAAAGGUGUAGAUAUAAGUAGUGAACAGAAAAGAUGA